AUGGUUUUGCUCAACAAAAAUGGCACCAACAAAAUUCACAAACAUGAGGACUUCAUCAUCAUGAAACUUCACGAAUGCCAAGAUAACUUCAAAAAACUCCAGCUAAUUUACGACUUUGAAGAAGAAAAAUCUCCAAUAAAUGAAACUCUUCGGCUCCUACAAGACGAAUUUCCUUUGAAAACGACGGCCAAAAAGUAUCAGCAAAGACUCGCCUCGCUCCAUGAGAGUACAGAUGAGUUACCAAUGCAUGUUAUUUUGAUUCGCUCCGACUACAUUUCGAAAAUUCACAAAUGCGAUAUGGACCCAAUCGCGCACUGCAAAAUGCUCCGAGUUGCUGGAUCCACAAACAUGGCCUACAUCGACGAAUUUGUCAUCAAGAAAUCCCAUCGCGGGCAUGGAUAUGGAAGGUACUUUUUCAAGUCGCUGGAAGAGUUCCUCAAAAUGGAAUGCGAUCAGGACAAAUUCGGGCUUUGCUCAAGAACCGAGACUGAUCGAUCGUUUUUUCAUCAUAUGGGAAUGAGCAGAAUGAAGACUGGCGAGCGAAUUCCGUUUAUUGAUGUUCACGAAGGUCAACUUCAUCAGAAGCUCAAUUCGUUUUUUUCUGUUGCGAAACAUGCUAUGGACAGAAAAAGGGACAACGAAAAAGUCUGGAUGAGUAAGGACCUCUUCCACUACAAUCUAUACGGAACAGGAGCUUACAAGCUACGACUAGCAGCGAUCGCAGAAGCCAACAGAAAGGUCCAAGAAGAACUUGACGAAAAGAAAGUUGGAGGAGAUUACAAGCGUCCGGAAGUCGACGUUUCCGCUCACGUUGGAGUUGGCCGCAUCGCGUCACUCUGGUCCGCUGCGCGCAGGGCGUCACUAGCAGCGCUCCAUCAAGUUUCGAAUGUUGGACGGAGGCUUUCUAGAGCCGCCUAG